CGCUCCUCCCCUCCGGCGCUGCGGCUCUGGCGAUGAGUUUCCUGCCUUGUCGCUCCCUCCGCCCCUCCCGCUUUUAUCUCAUUCCCGUAGCCCGCGCUGCCGUUGCCGCAAAGGCUGAUGGGAAACGCCUAUUUUACCCCAACCCCGGUACGGCUGGUUAUCGGCGACACGGCGAACCCUGCCUGUGGCAUUAGAUAUUUAAUGAUAAUGCGCCACAGCGUCGCCGAGGCGUCCGGCCGGGCAACUUCCCCACGAUCCCACUCGAGGUGUCGGAAAUGUCCUGAGUUCUCGGCUGAAAACUUUCAGCACCCCUCGAUUCUGGGCCGACUCUAAAAAUAAUUCGCCCCUAAGUAGCUAGUGUAUGUCCCCUAUUAAAUCUUUUUACCUCAUUCCCAGGCUGUUUCCCAUCAUCCUUUGCGACAUGGCUGUGUCUCUACCCAAGAUGGCGCCUAUGGGGGAUGGUUAGAAGGGGUGGGGAUAAUUGUCAUCUUGUAUUAUUCCGAUUGGAGGCGUGCUGAUGUGCGAUGGGUGGAUUAUAUAGCGGUAUUUGUGAAGACAGUGGAAAAAUUGCAUUUUUUUCCAGCGGGCAUUUUAGCACGUCGGUGACGUCACUCCAGAGCCCGCCCCCCCCGUAUUUAGCUCCGCCUCCCGCCGUGGCUGCUGGAGGAGGACUGAAGGAAUGAUGGAAGAAAAUAGUAGCCUUUGUGCCCCUGAAGGAGAAAAUAAAGCUCUUUCUGCAGAAGUAGAAAGUGUGACUGAAGUGGAAAUUAAGCAUGAUGAAGGUGAUAGCCAUGCAGAGAAAACAGCAAAUUGUCCUGAUAUGUACAGAUACAUCAAAGGGGAUUUGUUUACUUCGGAGAUUUAUAAAGUAGAAAUUCAGAACCUUCCUAAAUAUAUUGGCUUUAAUGAUGUAAAGAAGUUUCUUGCAAAAUAUGGACUUAAUCCUCAUAAGAUAAAACUUUUUGGGAAGCAAACUUUUGCAUUUGUGACAUUUAAAAGUGAGGAGGAAAGGGACAAAGCUAUGAAAGUCCUUCAUGGAGUAAUGUGGAAAAGCCGCUAUUUGAGUGUUAGGCUUGCAAAGCCUAAAGCUGAUCCCAUUGUAAAAAAGAGGAAAAAAGAAGAGGAGGACAUUGAACAGAGAGAGGCAAAACGUCCAGCUUUGGCAAAAGAUAGUGAAGAGGAGCCUAUAACAAAACAGAUAGCAGACGUGGUGACUCCUUUGUGGAAUAUACCAUAUGAAGAACAGCUGACAAAGAAGAAGCAAGAGUGUGAACAAGUGCUGCAGAAACUGACAAAGGAAAUAGGAAACAACAACAAAGCUCUGUUACCCUGGCUGUUUGUGCAGAAGCAGAAAUAUAAUAAAAUCUGUUGCCCACUAGAGGGAGUGAAACCAUCACCUUUACAGACUGAAUACCGCAACAAAUGUGAAUUUUUGAUUGGGAUGGGUUUAAAUCAAGAAGAUAAAACUGUAGGUUGUCGCCUUGGCAAGAACAGAAUUAGACUGAAUGGCUUAAUAUUUUUAAACAUGUACAUUCCUGCUGUUGCCAAAAAAGUAGUGAAGGCUUUUCAAGACUACAUAAGGUCAACCCCUUACUCUGUGUACAGUCCGGAAACCUAUGAAGGCCACUGGAAGCAGCUCACUGUCCGCACCAGCAAAAAUGAUCAUAUCAUGGCAAUUGUUUAUUUUAAUCCUCAGAAAUUAAAUAAAGAAGAGCUUGUUGACUUGAGCACUUCACUGGCAAGGUAUUUUACAAAAGGAUCUGGCCAGGACAGUGGGGUAACCUCCCUUUACUUUGUAGAGGAAGGACAAAGAAAGUCACCCAAUCGUGAAGACUUACCUUUACAACAUUUGGCUGGUGAUAAGUACAUAUAUGAAGAGCUGCUUGGUCUAAAGUUUAGAAUUUCCCCCCAUGCAUUUUUCCAAGUAAAUACACAGGCUGCAGAGGUGCUAUAUAAAUCCAUUAGCGACUGGGCCCAGCUGAACAAAGAUAGCACUGUACUUGACAUCUGCUGUGGAACAGGAACAAUUGGAAUUUCACUGGCAAAGAAAGUGAAGAAAGUUGUUGGAAUCGAACUCUGUCAAGAAGCUGUAGAGGAUGCCAAAGUGAAUGCCCAAAUUAAUGAAUUGAACAACAUUGAAUUUCACUGUGGAAAGGCUGAAGACAUUGUUCCAUCUUUAAUUAAUGUAUUAGCAUCGCACAACCUGAUUACAAUUGUGGAUCCACCUCGGGCAGGACUACAUUCUAAAGUGAUUCUUGCAAUCCGAAGAGCUGAACACUUGAAGAAGCUCAUCUAUGUAUCCUGCAAUCCCAGAGCUGCCAUGAACAACUUUGUGGAUCUUUGUCGGGCCCCUUCCAAUCGUGUCAGAGGAACCCCUUUCCGUCCAGUUAAAGCAAUGGCUGUGGAUCUGUUCCCUCAGACUAUGCAUUGUGAGCUGCUUAUAUUCUUUGAAAGGGUAGAACAUUCAAAUGGAAACUCGACUGAAGCAAGCCCUGACACAUCUCAGGUUAUGAAUACAAAUUCAGCAGAUUCUACCCAGGAUGGCAGUAUUGACCCACCUGAAGAGAAAGUAGGAACUCUGUCUUCUACCUAAUGUUGUGGUAGGCUGGACAGUUGGUGUGUAUGCGUGCAUAUAUUUUAUACACUGUCAACCAUCUUCACUGAUUGAUUUCCUUCUAAAAGUCAGAAGUUACUCUUGCUUGUUUAAAAAAUGUUUGAGGCAUCAGCAGUAACCGCAUACUCAAUCUCUGUAAAACAUGCUAAUUACCAGAUUUACAAGUGCUGAAGGCUUUCAGUUAAGUAAAGUGACAGCAGCAUUUUUCAACUCCAUGAACAAAGAUUAGCUUAACUGUUAUACUUAAAGUUAUUUUUCCUUGUAGGAACUGGAUUAUUUUAUUACAGACUACUUGGACCAACACCUUCUGUUUUCACUCAUGUACACUUCCACUGAAAGCAGUGGGAUAUCUUUCAGGAGUUUAGGUCAGUCAUGCUGGUCUUAUAUUUUUGUGCGUUCAUAAAAUAGUGUUCAUGUAUGUUAGUAGGAUUCAGCAUGGAUUCCCUCCAGAUGUCAAGUGAGCGUAGGAGGUUUUAUAUGCCUAAAACUUUUGUUUGGAAAAUUAAUAUAGAAGAUGAGUGGUAAAUCGCUACUAGUGAACACACUUUAAUGCCCCUGGCAGAUAGCAGUUCUGUUGAACAAGAGACUUUUGCAUUGCACGCCAGUUUAAAUAAAUUCUGGGUUUUUUUUAAAAAAA